AUGCAGGCGGCGGAGAGGUGGAUGUCCACGCGUGGCAGCUUCCUCGAUCUCGUCAGCCGGCUCCUGCUGGCGUCGCAGCUGGCUCGAGCCAGCGUUGCGGCUUUGAGGGUUUCGGAGAGCUGCCUGGACGACAUCAUCAGUCGCGCGGUGGCUGGUGCCAACGACAUCGAAAGGCAGGCACUGUCGCUUGGCGUCCUGUCGCUCAUGGCCAGCCACGCGCCUCGCCUGCGAGAGCGCCUGGUGCUGGCGCUCGCCGAGAUCAAGGAGAUCCAGCUCGCGGCCUACUUGGCCGGCUGUGGCAAUGUGACCGACAGGAGCGACGAGUGGCUCGUGGCCGCGCUGGCGCUCCAUCCCGGCGGUCUGGAGAAGAUCCAGGGCUGCAGUCUCAGCUACCAGCUGACCGACGUGUGGGUCGACGAGGGCCUGCUCAAGCACGCCGACACGCUCGUGAGCCUGACCAACCUGACCGUGCCCUACAACACCACCAUGACCCACGUCACGCGCCUCACCAGGCUCCGCGAGCUGUCGAUCAUCAGGGCGCACGACCAGCAGCUGGCCGCGUUCGCGCAGCUCACCAGCAACGCCGGCGUAAUGGCAAAACUCGAACUGUAUCGAGUGGAAGGCUCGCUGGCCUUCCUGUCACUGGUGGGGUCCUUCCUCAUCAUUCUCUCAGCCAUGUUCGUCAAGGAACUGCGACAACACCCAACGAAUCUCGUGCUCCUCCUCUCGAUAUGCGACUUCAUGUUUGCACUGAAGUUUGCGAUCACGUCGAUCUUGCCGAAUUCGAUCUCGUACCAGGACAUCACGGCCUACUGCAUCGGGCAGGCCGUGUGGGCUCAGUUCUGGGGCAUGGCCUCCAUCAGCUGGAACGGAAUCAUUUCGCUCAACUUGAUGGCCAACUUGCGCAAGCCUUUCCUCGACACCUCCAAGUGGGGCACAUACUACCACCUGUGGGUGUGGGUGCUGUCCGGAGUCACGACCAUUCUCCUGGUGGUGCUCAACAUGGAAGUGCGCGACAUCCUCGAACUCAAGUACGAGAACACGCGCACGAUGAAGGAGUAUCGAUUCGUGGACUACUGUCCCUAUGUCUUCCAGAAGCUUCGCGCCCAGGCCGGCAUCACCCCCGAGGCCUACAUGGCGUCGAUUCAGCCGGAGUUGUUCCUCAAGAGCCUAUCGAACCAAAAGUUCUCGGAGGGCCGCAGCGGGAGCUUCUUCUGCUUCUCGCCGGACAAGUGCUUCAUCAUCAAGACCAUCCCCGAGUCCGAGGCCAAACUCCUCAACAAGAUCCUGCCCGCCUACUACCAGUACAUCGGCAACAACCCGGAUUCGCGGUUGAUGCGCUUCUACGGCCUCCACGCGAUCAAGAUGCACUACGGCGACCAGGUCUUCGUCAUCGUGAUGAGCAACGCCUUCCGAACGCACCGCAAGAUCCACGAACGAUACGAUCUCAAGGGCUCGUGGGUGCGAAGAGAGGUGGGCAAGGACUUCCGGGACAACCCGGGCAAGGUCCUUGGCAUGGACAUCGACCUCAAGGCAAUGGGACGCAAGGUGCGGCUGACCAACGAGCAGCGAACGGCCAUGGUCCAACAAAUCACCGACGACGCCACCUUCAUGUGCAGCUUGGGAAUUAUGGACUACUCCAUCCUGCUGGGCAUCCAUUUUGUCGACAGAGCCGCCGAAGGCACCACGGCCGCGAUCGAAGGGGUCGCGGCGAGUGGCGCCGCCGACGCUACGGAUGGCGGCGCCGGCGCCUCGUCGACGCCGCAGCGGCUCCUGAAGAACGGCGAUGAAAGCGAAAGCGAAAGCGAAGGCGAAGGCGACGACCGACGACCGCUGCUCGUCGGCGGCCGGCGCGCCGAGGACCUCGAAGCUGGCCCGAGCACCGUCGAGAGCACCUUGGACGGCGUGCUCAGUUUAGAGCGGGAGAAUUACAUUCCCCUCCACAUUCGCCCCUCCGUCUCCGAAAUUGAAAAACAGCGCCGCAACCAGAAGAAGAUGGACAAGAAGAAGAUGAAGAAGAGCGGAAGAAGUAGAAGAAGGCGGGAGAGAGGCAGCACCACCAAUAAUGCUUCGCACUCCUCGCCUCCGCUGCCCUCCUCAGACCAUUCCAUCAACCUCGCAGCCAGCAGCCCCGAAGACUACGUCGACGAUGCCGAGCAGGACAAGUCGGGCAGCCACACGCCGCUCCGCGCCCGCCGCACCAGCGACGAUGACGAAGUGAAGAAGGAGAAGAAGAAGAAGGAGAAGAUUGAAGACGCCUACGCGGAUGAAAGCGACUACUCGACUGAUUCGUACGACAGCGAGGACGAAUUUAGCGACGACGUCGAGGGCCGACUGUUCAGGGAUGAGGGGUUCUUGUCGGUGGAUGGGAAGGAGAUCUACUAUCUGUGCAUCAUCGACAUCCUGCAGCUCUACGACCUCAACAAGAAGGCCGAGCGCUUCUGGAAAGUGCGCGUCAUGCACAAGGAUUUCCAUGGAGUAUCGGUGCAGCCGCCACCACGAUAUCGGGAUCGGUUCGUGGCGUGCGCGUUCGAUCUGGUCACCUCGCCCGACGCCACGGCCUCCUGA